AUGAACCAAGUAAUCCGUUCCAGAUCCGUAGCUACCAACGCCGUAAGAUCCCUGAGCUACCUCCGUCAAUCUUCCCCUCUACUCUCCGGCGCCGCCGCCAGCACUACUCCCGUCCGCCACUUCACCUCUCCCGGUCAUGCUCUCAACAGUUACCAAAUCAAGCCGCCGGUGAACUGGGGGAUCCGAAUCGUGCCGGAGAAGAGAGCGUGCGUGAUUGAGAGGUUCGGCAAAUACGUCAAGACUCUGGAGUCGGGGAUCCACUUCCUCGUUCCAGGAGUGGAUCGUAUUGCUUACGUUCAUUCGCUCAAGGAGGAAGCCAUUCCGAUUGCGAACCAGACUGCCAUUACCAAGGAUAACGUCAGCAUCCACAUCGAUGGUGUUCUUUACGUCAAGAUUGUGAAUCCGCAUUUGGCGUCUUAUGGCGUUGAGAAUCCCAUCUACGCUGUUAUGCAGUUGGCUCAAACCACUAUGCGUAGUGAACUCGGGAAGAUUACUCUUGACAAGACGUUUGAGGAACGUGAUACGUUGAACGAAAAGAUUGUGGAAGCCAUCAAUGUCGCUGCAAAAGACUGGGGUCUUGAGUGCCUUCGUUAUGAGAUUAGGGAUAUCAUGCCUCCUAAUGGAGUGAGGGUUGCUAUGGAAAUGCAAGCUGAGGCUGAACGUAGAAAGAGAGCUCAGAUUCUUGAGUCUGAAGGAGAACGCCAAGCUCAUAUCAACAUAGCUGAUGGUAAGAAAAGUUCUGUAAUCUUGGAAUCAGAAGCUGCCAAGAUAAACCAAGUCAACAGAGCAUCAGGUGAGGCAGAAGCAAUAAUAGCUAGAGCACAAGCAACAGCCAGAGGACUGGCCAUGUUAUCUCAAUCCCUCAACGAAACUGGAGGAGUGGAGGCUGCGAGUUUGAGAGUUGCGGAGCAAUACAUUCAAGCUUUCGGCAACAUUGCUAAGGAGGGUACAACAAUGCUGCUUCCGAGUUCUGCUGCAAAUCCUGCUAGCAUGAUCGCUCAAGCUAUGACAAUGUACAAAAGCCUCGUCCCCCAUGGUGGCAUCCAGGAAACGUCAGCAGUAGAAUCGAAGACGUCUGCUAGAAAAAAGAACUAG